CCAUCAACCCGGAGGCCGAGAUUCUGGCCGUUCUCCUACGUCCACUUCCGAUGGCCAUCGACAUCCCCGCGAUCAUUGCAGAUCAAACAUACAUUCCGUACUGCCGGGACACAAUCCACCUCCAUUGGCCCCGGAACCGCAUAGUAGCGAUUCAGUGCACAAACAGGUGCGGCCGCCUCUUCGUAUAUCAUGCUGCAUUGUUUCGGUGGCCUCUCACAUUUGACUACGCAGGCGUGCUUGCCUACCGUAUCUUAGAUGCGUCUGAUGCGGUGGAUUUGGCUCAUGCACAGGAUACGCCGAUUCUGAUGGACAACAACGUAACUGACAUGGAAGUCCAAGCGAACAGAGCAGGCACAAGUUGUACAAGGGCACGAUGGUUGAAUGGCACAUUUUGCGGCGGGGGAGAGCAAGACGAGUGGUGUACGGACGAGAACGAACAUGAACUGGGCUAA